CGCGUCACGUAGUGAGAGCUGGAGGAGGAGGAGGAGGGAGGGAGGGAGGGGGCUGGUCCUCUCUCCCCGAGCCGAGCACCGAGUCGUCGGCAGCUCCCUGACCCGCUGCCGCCGCUGACAAACGGCUCGUUCUCAUCACCGACCAUGCGCCUCGCUCUCCGUCCGUGAGAGAGCCUGGGCUCCGCGAGAGAGAGGCCCCGCACGCCGCUCUCCGCUCUCCGCUCCCGGCCAGGGGGGAGCAGGUCACCAUGGAGGCCCCGCCGGUGGACAGGCCCCUGCCCUUGCCCACCCUCAGCCCGGCCGUGCCGCCCUUCGUCACGCUGGGCCUGACGGUGGUCUACACGGUCUUCUACUCGCUCCUCUUCGUCUUCAUCUACGCGCAGCUCUGGCUGGUGCUGCGGUACCGACACAAGCGCCUCAGCUACCAGACGGUGUUCCUGUUCCUGUGCCUGCUGUGGUCGGCCCUGCGCACCGUGCUCUUCUCCUUCUACUUCAGGAACUUCGUCACGGCCAACACGCUGGGGCCCUUUCCCUUCUGGCUGCUCUACUGCUUCCCCGUCUGCCUGCAGUUCUUCACGCUCAGCCUCAUGAACCUUUACUUUGCCCAGGUUGUUUUCAAGGCAAAGUCGAAAUAUGCACCAGAGCUUUUAAGAUACAGGUUGCCACUGUACCUGCUCUUCCUGUUCAUCAGCCUGGUGUUCCUAGUUGUGAAUCUCGUGUGUGCCCUGCUGGUGAGGAUGUCCUCCACAGAGGCCCACACCAUCGUGCUCGUGAGGGUCGCCAUCAACGACACGCUCUUCGUCCUGUGCGCCGUCUCGCUCUCGCUGUGUCUUUACAAGAUCGCCAAGAUGUCACUGGCCAACAUCUACCUGGAGUCCAAGGGGACGUCAGUGUGCCAGGUGACGGUGAUCGGAGCCAUCGUCAUCCUCCUGUACUCCUCCAGGGCCUGCUACAACCUGGUCGUCCUGGGACUCUCCAACACGAGCAUCAGCUCCUUUGACUACGACUGGUACAACGUUUCAGACCAGGCAGAUCUGCAGUCGACUCUGGGCAACACUGGCUAUGUCGUCUUCGGAGUGAUCUUGUUCGUGUGGGAGCUGCUCCCCACGUCUCUCGUAGUUUUCUUCUUCAGAGUUCGGCAUCCUGACCUGGACAGGAGCGGCUCCGGGCUUCCCGGUCACGUCUUCUCCUCUAGGGCUUAUUUUUUCGAUAACCCACGGCGUUACGACAGCGACGAUGAUCUGGCGUGGAGCGUUAUGCCUCAGAACAUCCAAGCCAGCCUGGCUGCGGACAGUUACGAGUGGGGGAGCCAAAGCAGCAGCAUUGGCGCUUACAUUGGAGGGGACGACAGUUACCACCUCCCUCCUCCUCCGGAGGAGCUCAGCCAUUACUGACUGGAGUUGACUCUGACUCCUGUUGAACCUUUGUUUUUUGUAUAUUUUUGCACAGUCUCUUAAUCACCGAGGCACAUGGGGCUAAACGUUGCCCUCAACAUCAAACAUUCAGUUUUCUUAUUGUUUUUCUAGAGAAAAUCUAACAGACUUUCCUCUUUGCCAUUAUUUGAAGGUCCACUGACGGGACAUGCAUUUUGCACACUCCUUGUACAAAGUAUGAUCUAAUUUUGACUGCUCUUAAACAUUUUACAUUGUAUAGUUUAUAUUGAAUGCUACCUAAUAUAUUUCCUGAACUUUGUAAUAUGAACUGCAUUUACUAUUUUAUGUCUAUGAACAUGUACUUUUUCAUACAGAUUUGUUUAUAUAGAGGAGCUAUUAAUGUAAUUCAUAUUAAAACGUUUAAAUGCUGUGAAAAUAAACUUUCUUUUUCAUUA